GUCGCGAGACGACGGCGCUUGGGCGAAGGCACAGACGAGCAAGCUCGGAGCGCCUCGAAGGUGCUCCACUGCCAUCACCACCCAGCCUGCCGCGAUGUCGAACUGCACGGUACCUUCCAACGCUCCGGACAUUCUAGGGCCAUAUGUGUUCGGGUACCAGUUCAACUGGGCGCUGUACGGCGUGCUUGUCGUUCAAGUCUAUUUCUACUACGUCUCGCCGAUCGUCGACCAAUGGCCGAUCCAGGCAGUUGUAUACGGCACGGUCCUGAUCGAGACCGUGCAGGUCGCGUUCGCGACGCACGACUCGUUCUUCCAGCUCGCCGUGUCGUGGGGGCAUGUAGACCAGCUCAUGGUCGCGCACUGGACGUGGCUGACGUUGCCGGUGUUGAUUGGCAUCAUCAGCAUGAUCACGCAGCUGUUCUAUGCGUGGCGGAUACAUGUGCUUAGUCGGGGGUGGGUUAUGUCCGGGGUCAUUAGCCUGCUUGCGCUUCUGCAGGGGGCAUCUGCACUCGCUACAGGUGUACGAGCUUACCUUCUGGACAAAAGCCUGAAGAACGUCUCGACAAAUCUUCUGACGACGGACAUAGUCUGGCUCACCAGCACCGCCGUGUGCGACUUGCUCAUCUUCUCAUGCAUGAUAUACUAUCUCUCCAAGAUGCGCACAGGCAUCAACAGCACAGAGCGGAUCAUCAACCGCCUCAUCCGGCUCUUCAUCGAAACGGGCCUCCUCACCACCAUCGCAGCAACCCUCGACCUCGGCCUCUUCAUCGGCCUCCCCUCAAGCCCAUGGUUCGUCAUCCUCUCGCUCGCGCUCUCCAAGCUCUACAGCAACUCCCUCCUCGCCGUGCUCAACCACCGCUCCUCCCUGCGUUACCGCCGGUCCAAGCGCUCAAACUCUGAUGACAUCCCGUCCUCCGACCCGAGCAUGGGCAUGGGCAUGGGCAUGAGCAUGGGCAUGAGCAUGAGCGAGCUGGAGGAAGGCGCGGCGGACGACUCCGCUCAGUGCGCGCGGUGCCAGCGCAACCGCCGCCUCGGGCUGGGCACGUUCCGCGCGUACGUGCCGCCCUCCGUUGGGAUGGAUACGAGGCUGGACAGCACGGAUGGGACGGCAGGUGUUAUGAUGGACGAGGGCAUGGAGCGGGCGCCGGUGAAGCGUAGCAGCGGCGAUGAGAGGACGCUGAAUCUGAUUCAUCUGCAGUUUGCGAACACGGAUAAGGAUUUGGAAGAAGUUGAGCGACAUUCAAAGGUUUGAUGCACGGCGCAGUAUGGUGUCUUUUACACAUGUUUCACGUCUCUUGAUCUUACCAUACAACAUCACGUCCAUAGCUUCGCUCGCUUCUCUUGCGUUAUACACUUCAAAUCUUUCCAUAUCUCCGAUUGAGUAUGAUAACCAAUGAACAAAAC